ACCGUCCCAUACCUUCUAAGUUCUAACCUUAUUCCCACUGUAUAUAUGAAAAAAGAAAAAUCCAAAUCCAAAUCCAAAUCCAGAAGUUAAGUCCAAAAGCUGUCUGAGACGAAAAAUCAAACACUUGCCCUUCAUUCCCCGUCUCUCACUGUUCAUAGAUUGGUUAAUUUUAGACAUUUUUCUUUAUAGACGCCUGUAGUUUUCAGACUUGUCAUAAUCGACAGUGUUGUCGAAUCUUGAUUCUAAUUAUGAAACGAGGUUACUCGGAAUCUCCAUCUUCAAGUUCUCAUGGACCUCCUCAAUCCAAAUUUAAGCACAACCCUGAAGGCGACACUCAUUUUCUUGAAGAUGAGAGUACAAAAAUCUUUGCCAGGAAGGUGGCUGAUCAUUACAGCGCGAGGACCAACCAAACUCUUGAAGAGCGCGAAGCAAGUCCUAUCAUUCAUUUAAAGAAACUUAACAAUUGGAUCAAGAGUGUCUUGAUUCAACUCUAUGCCAAAAGAGGGGAUGCAGUUCUUGAUCUUGCUUGCGGGAAGGGUGGUGAUCUUAUUAAAUGGGAUAAAGCAAAGAUUGGAUAUUAUGUUGGCAUUGAUAUUGCGGAUGGUUCGAUAGAAGACUGCCGAACCCGUUACAAUGGUGAGGCAGAUCACCAUCAACGCCGCAAAAAGUUCUCAUUUCCUGCCAGACUUAUGUGUGGAGAUUGUUUUGAGGUUCGUCUGGAUAGGGUGUUAGCAGAUGAUGCACCUUUUGAUGUUUGUAGCUGUCAGUUUGCUAUGCAUUAUUCGUGGUCUACUGAGGCACGUGCACGGCGUGCGCUGGCCAAUGUCUCGGCUUUACUUCGACCUGGAGGAAUAUUUGUUGGAACAAUGCCAGAUGCCAAUGUCAUCAUCAAGAAGCUAAGAGAAGGUUUAUUUUCUGCUCUACACUGCUCUGCUUGUUCCUCUUGAAGCUAUAGAUGUCAU